AUGGCAUUUGUCAGUGCUGUUACCGGCGACGAUUCCACGAAGAAAUUCAUGGACGUCCUACAGAAUGACUUCAAAACUCUUAGCUUAGAAACCAAGAAAAAAUAUCCACAGAUAAGAGAGGCUUGUGAUGAAGCUAUUGAAAAAUUGGCACUGGCAUCAAAUAACCCUCAAGCUUCUCUAUAUGGAGUAGUUAAUCAAAUACUUUAUCCUUUGGUGCAAGGAUGUGAGUCAAAGGAUGUUAAAAUAAUAAAGUUUUGUCUUGGCACAAUCCAAAGAUUAAUAGCUCAACAAGGAAUUGAUGCUAAAGGUGCACGCCAUGUUGUUGAUUGCCUUUAUAAUCUUGGCCAAACAAAUACUUUGGAGCUUAAGCUCUUGCAACUUGCUGCUUUGUUGAUGACCACAUCUGAUUUAGUACAUGGUGAUACAUUAGCUCGGACUAUGGUAAUGUGCAUGCGUAUGGUACCAGCAAGUGAGACACGCGAUGUGAGCACCAGCCAUGCGGCCGCUGCAACAGUGCGUCAGCUUGUGGCACUUGUGUUUGAAAAAGCUUUAGCAGAGGCUAAUGGUACAUUGAAAGUAAAUCCAGCUGAUGUAAGAAUGCAAGCAAAUAACAAGGCGCCAAAAGAUCUUAAACCCUGUGCAGUUGAUGCUUAUCUUAUAUUGCAAGACAUUAUACAACUAAUAAAUGGUGACGCGGCGCACUGGCUCGUUGGCAUUUCGGACGUGCCUAAGACGUUUGGACUUGAAUUAUUAGACACUGUGUUAACAGAUUUCUCUGAUGUGUUUUUUAAGAUCUCAGAAUUCCGUUUCUUAUUAAAGGAACAUGUGUGUGCAUUAAUAAUAAGGCUAUUUUCACCUAAUGUGAAAUAUAGGGCCGCGUUCACGUCCCCGCACAUCCCGGGCGGCGCUGCGGGCGCGGGCGCGGCGCCGGGGGCGGAGCGCCCGCACUUCCCCGUCACCAUGCGCCUGCUGCGCCUCGUCUCUGUCAUUGUGCACAAGUAUCACGAUCUGCUGGUAACGGAGUGCGAGAUCUUCCUGUCGCUAACCAUUAAGUUCCUGGACCCCGACAAGCCACUGUGGCAGCGUGCGCUCGCGCUCGAAGUGCUGCACCGCAUCACCGUGCAGCCGGAGUUACUGAAGGCAUUCUGCGCGUGCUACGACAUGAGGCCGCACGCGACCAACAUCUUCCAGGACAUAGUGAACGCGCUCGGCGCCUACGUGCAGAGCCUGUUCGUGGCCUCGCAGGUCAACACGCCCGCAGGUUCAUCGAGCAUCCCUCAACAAGCCGGUUUCUAUUGGAAAGGUGUGUGGCUACCGUUGUGUGUCACAUUCGAGCCUGGUACGGCUAAAGCAGUAUAUAUAGAGAUGCUGGACCGCACCGAGGCGCCAACGAUACAGGAAGGCUACGGUAUAUCCGUUGCUUACGCUUGUCUCGUUGAAAUCAUUCGUUCGAUUGCCAUCACUUUAGAAGGCGAUGAGUAUUUCAGGUUACAAGAACUGUACGAUGAUUCUCAAAACGACGCUGAAGAGAAAGAAGUAAAUUCGAACAAGGCUAUAAAUAAUCAUAAAGACUCAGAAACAAAGCUGGACAACACCAAAGAAAUAACAAACAACGGUCACACCGCUGAAGCCGACCAAAACUCUAAUGUACUUGAAAAGAUAGAUCCUGAGGCGGAAGACAAGGAGAGGCAAUUAAAAUUACAGCUGAUAAAGUCGUCGUGGUGCGGACUCGUGUGGGGUCUGUCGGUGUUGGCCGAAGCGAGCAUCGGCGAGCUGGAGAAUAUUCUCCGCGCGAUACAGACUCUAGCCAGAGUUAGUGGAAAGGUGGGCGUGACGAACGCGCGCGACGCGUGCAUCGGCGCGCUGUGCCGCUGCGCGCUGCCGGCGCAGUACUGCGUGCCGGUGCUGGGCGCGCUGGCGGCGCUGGCGUGCCCGUGGCCGGCGGCGCGCGCGCCCGCGCCGCAGGCCGACUUGCGCCACCACGUCGUCUGGGUUGGCACGCCGCUGCCCUGCGCACAGCCCACAGGCCAGCAACAGUCUUUCGUGAUGGUGACCUCCCGCCACGUGACGGCGAUGCGCGCGCUGCUGGCGGCGGCGCGGCGCGACGGCGACGCGCUGCAGCACGCCUGGUUGCCCGUGCUCACCACACUACAGCAUUUGGUAUGGAUCCUUGGAUUGAAACCGUCCACGGGCGGCAGUAUGAAGGCGAGCCGUGCAAGUGCAGACGCCAACGCAGUCAUGAGCACUUCUGCAGUGAUGGCUGACUUACCUGGUCAGCAAGUUCCCGUGGCCGAGUCGCUCGGAGUCAUGAGUGCAUUGUCUGCUAUGCUGUCGCGAGUUUUUGAGGCGUCAAAGAAUUUAGAUGAUGUUGCUUUACAUCAUCUCAUUGAUGCAUUGUGCAAAUUGUCCAAUGAGGCUAUGGAAUUGGCGUAUUCAAAUAGAGAACCAUCUUUGUUUGCGGUGGCUAAGCUCCUUGAAACGGGUCUAGCGAAUAUGCACAGGAUAGAAAUAAUGUGGAGACCAAUCACUAAUCAUUUACUUGAGGUGUGCCAACAUCCUCAUAUAAGAAUGCGAGAAUGGGGUGUGGAAGCCAUCACGUAUCUGGUGCAGGCUGCCUUCCAAUAUCACCAUAACAACCCAGGACAAGUUACUGAGGCGCGCGAGCGGCUGGUGCUGGAGCCGCUGGCGGAGCUGUGCGCGGUGCGGCACUGCGACGUGCGCGCGCGCCAGCUCGAGUGCGCCGCGCGCCUGCUGCACUCGCGCGGCGACCAGCUCGGCGCCGCUUGGCCGCUCAUGAUGGAGAUCAUAUCCGCUAUCUCCGAUCAUCACAGCGAGCAGCUGGUGCGGUCGGCGUUCCAGUGCGCGCAGCUGGUGGCGGGCGACCUGCUGGGCUGCGCCGGGCCGCGCUGCCUGCGCCGCGUGCUGGCCGCCGCCGCCGCCUUUGCGCGCCAGACCAAGGAGCUCAACAUCAGCCUCACCGCCGUCGGACUCAUGUGGAACAUCUCGGACUACCUGUACCACAACCGCGACAAGCUGUCGGCGGCGCUGGCCAGCGAGGCGGCGGCGCCCGACGCGCAGCCCGACCUGCCGCCGCUCGACCGCCUCUGGAUGUGUCUCUACAUACGCCUCAGCGAGCUGUGCACGGAGGCGCGCGCGCCGGUGCGCCGCGCCGCCAGCCAGACGCUGUUCAGCUGCAUCGGCGCGCACGGCACGCUGCUCAGUCGCGCCGCCUGGCGCGCGCUGCUCGCCGUACUCUUCCCCAUGCUCGACCAGGUCCAAAAACAAUCAAAUAUUGCAAGCUCAGAAAAAGUGGAUACUGGGGAGCAUAUACUCAUACAUCACACGAGGAACACCGCGCAGAAACAGUGGGCUGAGACGCAGGUGUUGACUCUGUCAGGCGUGUCCCGAGUGUUCCAUUCACGCUUCACGCUGUUGACUACAGUGGGAGACUUCAAUAGAUCCUGGACAGCUCUUCUAGAUUAUAUCACAGAUUUUGCCCUUCGGAGAAGUCAUGAGGUGUCAGUGGCGGCGCUAAAGUCGUUCCAAGAGGUGGUGUCUGCGGCGGGGCGCGCGGAGGGCGAGCACCGCCGCGUGUGGCCCGCCGCCUGGGCCGCCUGGACCACCAUCGCCGAGGGGCUGGGCAAGCCGCCGCCUGUGUCAGAAGACGGAAAGCCAGUAGAAGUAUACGCGCCUUCGCUAAACUUUCUUACAACACUUGUGCAGAUCUUUCCACUUAUCUUCCAGCAUAUACGAUCGACGUUCUCUGCGGCCGACGUGGAGAAGCUGGGCGAGUGCCUGAGCGUGGUGUGCGGCGUGGAGCCGUCGGCGGCCGCGCUGGACGCGCUGGGCGGCGCGCCCGUCAGCCUGCACGCGCUGCACUGCCUCGACACCGUGCACAAGGAAGCGCUUUUGCGGCACGAACUGCUAGGCGCGCUGUUCGCGGCGCUGACGCGGCUGGCGCGCGCGGCGGGCGGCGCGCGCUGCCUGGCCGCCGCCGCCGCGCUCUACCGCGCCGCGCCCACGCCCAGCCAGCCGCAUCUGCCUGGCCUGCUGCAGGCUUUGCAUUCAGCGGUAAAGAAGUGCUCCCCGGACAAGAGGCGGCGCAACAGCGACAGGGAGCGGGACACCCCCGACGAGCCCACGCAAAUUGCGUCCUUGCUGUUGCAGGUGUUAGCAACAGGUCUUCCGCUGGCAAGAGAAAAUCCCGAAGAAUAUAGUGAAUUCUGGGAGAUACUGCCCGACGUGGUGGAGACGUUUAUGUUUGAACCUCCCGUGGGCGGCACGGCGCAGGCGCGCGAGGUGGUGCGCGUGCUGCGCGACGAGGUGCUGCGCGCCGGCCCGCCCGCCGCCGCGCGCCGCCUGCUGGCGCACGUGCGCGCCGGCGCGCUGCACCACGCGCCGCACGCGCACCACGCGCAGCGGCAAGCGCAAAACGAACAAGAGCUAAAAGAGAGGGAAGAAUUCGCGCGAACGUGCUUCGAGACUCUACUUCAAUUCUCUAUGCUAGAGGACAUGGACUCUUUGACUGAUGCUGACAGUGAAAGUGACCCGUUAGCAAUAAUGCCGUUGUUGGACCGGUUUGAAGAAGUCAUAUCGAAGUACAGCAGGGACGAGGACAGCUCGGAACCUUUACCAAGACACCAGGCGUCGGAGGUGUCGUUCGUGCUGCGCGCGGUGGCCGCGCUGGCCGCCGCCAUGCAACGCGCGCCGCCCGCGCGCGUCGACGCCGCCGCCUGGCAGAAACUCAUUGGUGGACGUGUACCCGUCGCUGGUGCGGCUGGCGGGCGGCGGGCGCGCGUGCGCGGGCGGCGCGGGCGCGGCGCUGCGCGAGGCGCUGCUGCAGUACGGCGCGCUGCUGGCGCCGCCCGCCCGCGCCGCGCCGCCCUAGCGCCGCCUGCUCUACACCGUGCGCAUAUAGGGCACGAGGCUCUAGGCCGCGCCGACCUAAUGUCGAGCUCGAUGCUUCCAUGUCGCUGUGGCUUAGUUAUUAGACGGUUAAAUAUUAGAAAAAAG